GAGUUAGCCCUGGUGUUACUCAAAAAGAAAUAGCAAAUGCCCUUAAUGAAGCCAACGAAACCGUAAAAAACAGUGCUGACCCCGAAUUAAAAAAACAGAAAGACCAAGCCGAAGAUAAUUUAGGCAAAAUUGACCCAGAAAGAUUAAGAAAUCUUAUUAAAACAGAAGUAGUUAAUGAAUUACAAAAAUUCGGAAUAAAAGCAGGUGAUUUAAGUUCAGAAAGCCAGCAAAAACUGGACGAAUUGAAUAAUAAUAUCAAACCUGAGGAGGCCAAACAGAUAAGAAAGGAAACUUUAAAUGAUGCCGGAGUAAAAGCCCUCAAUAAAUUAAUCUCGGAGGUCGAACAAGCCAUAAAGUCGGGUGAUCAAAAGAAAAUUAAAAGCAAAUACAAAGAAUUACAAGAAUUUACCCAAAAUAAUUCUGAAUGCACUCAAAAUGCUUAUAGUCAGAAAAAAGACAUAGUUAAUGAAUUGCUAGAAAAAGCCAAAAAUUGGUCUAGUCAAAAUACUAAUAAAUCCAAUAAUAACUUCCCUACUGGUUGA